GAAAGGUGUGUUUGGAGAGGAGACAGAGGGGUGCUUUGUCCCCUUCUCUGACAGGUCAGCGCUGCCAAUCUCCCCCCAUUCCUCUCUCCCUCUCCCUCAAUCCCACCUUCCUGCUCCCUCGUUCCCCUGCACUCUCCAGGAGCUCACACAGACCUUCUUCCUUGAAAGAUGCCAUCGCUUCUCUGCCGUUCCCUGCUGCUCAUCCUUGCUCAACAGUGCCUCAGCAGGGCUCAGAACAAUGGCCAGCUGCCUGCUCCUCGAGGUGGACAGUCUGUGGCCGAAAGGCGGCAGUUCUGCCAGUGGCCCUGCAAGUGUCGGGAGAGACCUCACUGUGCCCCGGGGGUGAGCGCCGUCCUGGAUGGUUGUGGCUGCUGCAAGAGCUGUGCCAGGCAGAUUGGGGAACCCUGCAACGAGAGGGACAUAUGUGACCCGCACAAGGGCAUGUACUGCGAUUUCUCAGCAGACAAGCCUAAGUUUGAGGUUGGAGUGUGCGCAUACAUGAUGGCCGUGGGCUGUGACCUAAAUGGGGCCCACUAUGAAAACGGAGAAGCUUUCCAGACCAGCCCCCUCUAUAAGUGCACAUGUAUUGCUGGAGCCAUUGGCUGCACCCCUGCUUUCAUCCAAAAGCCUGCUGGUCUCUUAGGCCCCGUCCCACUGACGGGCAGCCUGCCAGCUGGCCUCCGCGGUCGUCAGAGCCCAAAGAAGCACCAGCAGGACACUAGCUACAUGUCAGCCUGGAAGAGGAACUGCCUGGUCCAGACCACCCCCUGGAGUCCGUGCUCCAAGACCUGUGGCCUGGGAAUCUCUGUCCGCGUGAACAACGACAACAGCAAAUGUGAGAUGAGGAAGGACCGUCGCCUGUGCCUGCUGCGACCAUGUGACAGGAGUGUUAUUCGGAGCAUUAAGAUGCCAAAGGGAAAGACAUGCCGGCCGAAAUUCCAGGCAAAGAAAGCUGAGAAACUAACACUCUCUGGCUGUACUAGUACCAAAAAGUUUAAGCCCACAUACUGCGGCGUCUGUACAGACAAACGCUGCUGUGUACCAAACAAGUCCCUCAUGAUCAAAGUCAACUUCACUUGCAAAGGAGGCUCCAGCACACAGUGGAAGAUGCAGUGGAUAACAUCCUGCGUGUGCCAGAGGAAGUGCAACAAUCCAGAUGACAUGUUUUCUGAGCUGCGGUUACUCUAGUGGAGCCAGACACAGGCUCUGAGCCCUGCUGUGGUGAUCUGAAGGACAGAAUAAUAUUUCAUUCUUUGGUUAUUAAGUUCUCCUCAGCAGUGGUGAUGGACCCGAGACCAAAGACAAAAAUAUAAACUACAAAACCUCAUUUCAUAAUGAAGGAUGGCUGGGAUCAUGAAAUGCAUGGAAAAUCUUGAAAAAUGCUGUUGGCUAUGAUAAAACGUUUUACUAAACCAUGUCUUCAGGACAAGUACGUGCAAUAACGACAUGGGCUAUGGCCAGUGGAGUAGCUGUAACAGCAGAUUUGACUCAUAAUAGUACCUCAUUAUACAAUGGUCAGGGAGACCGCAAUGGCAAAUCAGAGUUUAACUCUUACUAAUGUGACUGUUUAUUUUUGAAUCUUGUCAUGAGUUUGACAAUUUUGAUUUCUAACUUAUAAAGGUGUAUAUAAACAAUUUGUUCAUGUGAAAUCAUUUUUGAAACAAAAACACAAACAAACAAACAUUAAAUUGGUUAGCAACGGAGUGGACCUUCAUCUGGCAAUGCUGAGCCUGGCUGCGUCACGCAUGAGUUUCCCCUUGGUGGCAUCAAGAUGAUCGUACUCUUCAAUCAGGGAGCUGAGAGAGUUGAGGGCCUCUGAGAAGCUUCUCUGCUCCAUCCCCUCUACAUUCAGGUAGUGAUGUAAGUGAGCCUUCAAAAAAAACAAAAACCAAGAGUCACUAAAUAUAAACUUCAAUAUUCAAGUUUUUUAUGGUUAAAACUGAAAUUACUGCCUGGAGUUUUCUGGGUUAGGUUACGGCAUAUAUCAUCACAACAUUCCCUUCUGUUCCCGACUUUUGGAUAUAUAUAAUGACCAGAAAACUGAUUUGCAGAUCAUUUUGAUUGUAUAAUAGCAUUGUCAAAAGCACUUUUGGGACAAAUAAAUGCAUCUUAAUCUUAAUCUUAUCCUACAAGACAAAGUGCCUGAAAAUUUGUAAGAAUUAUGACCAAAAAUCUUUUAAUGUCAGAGUGACCUUGGCAACCUAAUCUGAUCAGCUCAUCUUGGACACCAAGUGAAUGUUUGUGGCAAAUGUGAAAAAAUUCCCUUAAGUGUUGCAGAGAUAUUUCUUUCAAAGAGUGGAACAGACGUGUGUAAAUAUGAAGGGACAACCCAAAAAAACACGUUCUGGACACGGCUUUCCCCUGUGCAGUCAAAUGUCUCUGUUAAAUAUUUUUUAAAUUGAAUAUAUACCCUACUUAAUCAAUUUGAGAACAAUAGCUUUUUAACUAUAAUUGAUAACUGAUAAUUGAAUAAAUAAUAAAAUAAUUGCUAGUUUGCACCCCUAAUACAUGAAAACAUCAUAGAUCAUGGUCUCAAAUAUGCAAUGUCUUUAAAUGCACCUUCUUCCUGUAGAGCUUGGUAAAACUCUCUCUCAGCUCCAUGAAUCUAGACUUCACACAUGUGUUGUUGGCCAAUGCUAACAGGGCGUGAGAGUGACCCACAGGAGGCACUGAACACAGGCCCGUCUUCCAGCCUUCUUGGUUCCAUGAGACAAAGGGGAGCGAUGGCCUCAAUCUAGGACAGGGAUAAUAAAAAAAUAAAAAAAUAUAAAAUAAAUAAAUUCUAAUAAUAAUAAUUUAGGGUUAAAAAUUUCCUGAAGCAGUUACAUUUUACAUUUCAUUUGAUGGAGGAAUCAAUAAUCUCAGAUACAUAUGAAUCAGCUUUACAGCACUUGUGUUGAAAUUGCAUUAAUUUUAAAAGAAGAGAUACGUAGAAACGUAUUAGUUAAUGUGCAUGCAAUCAUGUGAAGCUACAUUUUCCAGAGGUUCCCACAUUUAAAUUUGACAAUAUUACAUAAAUGCAUUGCAUGCUAGCUAACUGUAGAUAGUCCCGUUUAGAGCUAUCCCCUGAACAUCUCACAUGUAAACCAUGAGUAGACGCUGCGAUUUACCAAUGUUGCCUAAACAUAAGCGGUAUCUGUGGACAUGACUAAGAAGCAACUUCACGUUUGAGCAACUGGAACCAACAAUGUUUAGGAGUUUUGCUUGAUAGAAUAAA